AUGUCGAUCAGAUCCCCGCCACAAGCUCUGUCAGCUCACGCACGUAUCCCGGCUCCUACUGUUUCCUCCGGAGCUUCGCCACCCGCUGGGGUAGAUAAUCCGUCGUCGAAUCCGUCGUCGAUUCCGUCGCGAGCCGCGGCACCCGCUGGGGCAUAG